AUGCCAAGGUCGAUCAAAGCCUCCAAACCAAAGCGGGCGACCAAGACCUUUUCCGGAUGCUGGACGUGCCGUGAGCGCCAUGUGAAGUGCGACGAGGCCCGUCCCAGCUGUGCGCGAUGCUUAAAGGGUGGCUUUGCCUGCCAGGGAUAUGGCAUCAGACUCGUCUGGAUCGACCCGGAGACGCACGAGUGGGAGCAGAAGAUCCGCCGCGUGGUCGGCGCUCCGGCAUUGUACAAUGACAAGUCCAUGUUCAUGCAAGUCGACGUCCAGGAUGCGUUGGACCGACUUGACCAGGGCGAGGGAUGCUCGAUCGGGCCGUUUUCCGUCUUUCCUGCGCACGACAACCCACGACAGGGCACAUCGGACAGUCCAGAACACGCCAGUGACCUUGUGCUGUCAAAGGUCGAAGAGAUCGAGGAAGUUUCUGACUACACGGUGGGAGCUUUUGCCGACAGUGACGACCAGACCGACUACGAAAUCGUCACGUCUCCGGCGGUGGCUGAAGCGAGGUCGCCUACAGAUUCCUGGUCACCAGGCGUAUAUCGUCAUCUCGAUCUGUUGCCUCGUCCUGUGGAACAGCGUCAACUAAUCCACCACUGGGUCACCUUUGUCUCCUGGCACCUGGUCCCGGUCGACCGUGGAGAUAACCCCUUUCGAAGCGUCUUCACGCCGAUGGCGCUCGCGGGUUUGAACAGUCUUUCACACGAAUCCAACGGCCAGAUCGCGUUGUUCCACUCGCUGUGUGCCACGUCGGCCUUUAGUCGAGGACAGUUUUGCAAUGACGCCAAAGCAUUGACGCUGGCGGGGAAGCACUACCAUCUGGCGAUCUUACACCUUCGACACAGUCUUGCGAACCUGACGGGCCACGAUCUCGACGUUCAGCGCGACUCCAUCAUCGCCACCAUCACCAUGUUCUCGGUGAUGGACAUGAUCACGGGCCGCUCGUCGGAAUGGCGGACACACUUCCAAGGCGGGGCGUCAUUGUUGGCCACGAUCGAAGACAGAAUCUGGCAAGGAGACAAGAGCUCGUCCAUGAUUUACCAGAGCUAUCUGGCGGUCGCGGCGCUCUGCAACAUCGAUCUUCCUUCGACCAUCUCCGUCGACUCGGACGACUGCAAGUACUAUGUCCUGGACAGAUUGUUUGGUUUGACGCGACCGAUCCUGCAGCAUAUCGUCAAGGUUAAUUCGCUGUUGCGCGAGGUCUCGGCGGUCAGCCUGCCGCCUGACUUGUUGGAUGAAUGGGAGGACCAACUGCGUGCACACACCCCAGAGCAUCUCAAUUUCGACGGCCUGGUCGACCCUUGCGCGCGAGAACUGGCCCGCCACCACGCCUUCGUCUUUUACUAUGCAAGCAUGAUCCAUUUCCAGCGGACGGUGCGACAGACGCCGUCGUCUGCACUGCAGGAUCUCGUCACGCGCGCGGUCGAGCAUCUGGAGGAGAUCGAGCGACUCGGCGCAGAUAGCGUCGGGUGUACGUUGAUCUGGCCGCCCUUGGUCGUUGCGUGCGAAUGCGAAAGCCCCGAUUUGCAAGCCCGCAUCCUGGCAUGGUACAAGGUGAAGCGUCGACACGGCUUCAUGAACCUGGAAAUAUCCAAAGACGUGGCACAAGAAGUCUGGCGGCGCAGGCAGUCUGCAACGAGCCAGCCUGAUGUUCGCUGGCAGGACAUACUGGACGAUAUGAAGCUGGACAUUGUCCUCGCAUGA